AUGCCGCUCAGACUGAGACUGUUCGAUGACGUCAGUUCCGGAUUCGGUGACGACUGCGAGACUUUCCCUGCUGAACUCGAGGCCGUAUUAACGCCAAGAGGCCCAGGGAACAAUGCUUUCUGCUGGGGAGACAAUCAUGGACAAGACACGCCUUUAUCGAUUGAAAUUCCCGCAAAACCGUUCAUGCGACACCGCGAUGUGUUUGACGUCAGACGCAGCCUCUUUUACGGAAAGCGAUCUGCUGACGAAGACCUUACGGAAGAAACACCGAAACAUUCAGUCAAAAGGGCCAAAGACGCUUCGGGUAUAACGCAAAAAUCCAACGAGUGUUUAAAUAUCGGGAUCAUCAAUGCGGUCGAAACGCUUGGGAUCAUCAAUGCGGUCGAAACGCUUGAAAUCGGAAAUGACAUGAUCGCUGAUGGGUCAGGUGAAUACACACUUCCGACAAUUCCCGGAAAGCACAAAGACCUUACGGCCAUCUCGCCGGACGUGAUGGCUGACGUAGUUCAUGGAUGCUUCAAUGACGUUAUUGGUGACGUCACCAUUGUUGAUUGCCGGUACCCUUACGAGUUCGAGGGCGGGCACAUCAGAGGGGCUGUAAACAUGUACACGAAAGAUGAGGUCAACAGCUUGCUUCAGAAACCUGUAGCUGACGGCAAGCGUCACGUGCUGAUCUUCCACUGUGAAUUCUCAUCAGAAAGAGGGCCUAAAAUGUACCGGUUCCUACGCGCGCAAGACCGAAUGUUGAACAGCGACAUAUACCCGCGUCUCAACUUCCCGGAAGUGUACCUACUCCAUGGCGGAUACAAGGCCUUCUUCAACAAGUAUCGGGACCUGUGUGAUCCAAUCAGCUACAAACCCAUGUUGCAUGAGAACCAUGCGGCCGACCUUCGUCACUUCCGAGUGAAGUCUAAAUCCUGGACGGGGGAGGACGGCAAACAGACGACAAGUAGACGACACCGCAGUCGUCUAGGCCGCCAUCUUAGUUUCUGA